AUGUCAGCCAUCACGAAGUCUUUGAGCGCACUCGCUCGCCGCGGCGCACGAAAGUCAGCCCUUGGUCACCACCGUCGUGACUUGGCAACCGUCACAGACCACAACCUCGCGCGGAUGGCUGCCACAAUGCCUCCGGGGCACAGAGCCACGGUAGCUCAGCUUGAGACAUUCACACUUCCUGAGCGUGUUACAGGUAGCCCUGGAGAUCGCGCCAUGGGAAAAGCUUUAGUUGAUGCCUGGCGCCGAGAUGGUAUCCUCCAAGUCUCUAUGAACGACAAGCAGCAGCAUAUCUUCAACGAAGCCACAGCCUCAAGCAAGGCAUUCUUUGCUAAACCCCAUGACGAAAAGGCUGCUUGUGUUGACUCUCAGAGCUACUCGGGUUACAUCGCCUCCGGCGAGGAAAUUACCGAUGGCAUCGCUGACUACUCCGAGAUCUUCACUGUCACUAAAGACUUGGAUCUUGCUGAACCCCGCGUUCGCGCAAAGUGGCCCUGCCACGGCCCGGCCCCGUGGCCCGACUACGAAAUGAAACAGCCUAUGACUACAUACAUGGACUACCUUGGAGAAAGUGGAGAGAAGUUGCUCCAGCUUGCUGAGUUGGGCUUGAAUGUCCCCGCUGGCUCCCUCACAAAUCUGACUCAGGACGGAUGGCAUCACAUGCGUAUUCUCAGAUUUCCUCCCACCCAUAACACAAACGGCAAGGGCAAGGCUGGACGUGGUAUUGGCUCUCACACGGACUAUGGCCUGUUGGUUAUUGCUGCUCAAGAUGAUGUUGGCGGCCUCUUCAUCCGUCCUCCCUAUGACGGUGAGCACUACGCAAACUGGGAAAAGAGCUCAGCUGGAAUGGCGGAGGAGGACGACCGCUGGCACUACGUACCCCCUGUUCCCAACGUCUUCACAGUCUUCCCCGGUGAUAUCAUGCAGUACAUCACCAACUCCUACCUGCCCUCUACUCCCCAUAAGGUCGGCUUGAACACCCGCGAUCGUUUCGCCUUCGCCUACUUUCAUGAGCCCAGCUUUCAGGCCGUUGCCAAACCUCUGCCAGGCUACGAUGUCGGCCAGUCUCCCAAGGAGGGGAUCCACUACGGCAGUCACUUUACCAACAUGUUCCUGAGGAAUUACCCUGAGAGAAUCACCACUAAGAGAAUGCAUGCGGAGAAUCGUCUUGCCCUCCUCGAGAAGGAGGAGCUCCGAGCCCAUUCUUCUCAAUCAAAUAAGGCGGGCAGAGUUAUUACAAAUGUUGUACAGCAGACUCAACAGGCUUCUUUGUAA